GACACUAUACUGUUUAUACUGGUAUAUACUUUUUGAGAGGUUUUGGUAUUUCAAUAACACGUGAAUCAACAGAGGAUGUGAGGAGAAAGCAGUUAUUAUAGCAAAUUUUGCUUGCUUUCUACAUACAACCAUAGUGGCAAUAAUAUACGUAGCUAUAUACCAACACGGAAGAGAGACUGUGUAGAAGCGAGAUUCAGCUAGAGAGUAUUAACUUGAUAUAUAGGAAGACAUACGACAAAACUUCACUAGUCGCCUGAUCCAGUGCAAUGUUCGUUGCUCCUCUAAAUUAGCUAUUAUGCUGCUCAUUCCGUGGUCACGUGCGCCUAUACUUCAGCCAUCGCACACUGCUUGUCAGCGCGCAUUGUAAUGGCGGAACUCCCGGCAUGCGACGUUAUAGAGAAUGACGAGGUUCAUCUGAAGAGCACAUUGCUGCACACCGGACGGUACGCCACUGUGAGAGAGGCCGACAUCGCUGGAGCGAAAUGCGCAGCCAAAAUCUUCAAUUUCAGUGACGGUGAACGCUCUCCCAGCAGGCAAGAUGACGUGGUCUGUGGAUGCAAGGUAUUAGACACACUACGACACCCGAACCUCGUGUCGUUCCUUGGGAUUACCCAAUCCCCUGACUCUGUACUCCCUGUCCUGCUCGUGGAGUAUUUACCCACCUCCUUACACCGCUUCCUGUCACCAGCAAAGGCUGAGCAAUCAAUUCCACUAGGCUUGAAAAUCUCCAUCCUCCAAAACGUGGCUUGUGGCCUGGCGUACCUGCACAUCCAGUCACCGCCAAUCCUUCAUGGUCACUUGUCUGCAAAGAAAGUCCUCCUUACUUCAGGAGCAGUGGCCAAGAUAUCGGUGGAUGUAGGGGUCACCGUAUUACCACAGCCUCUUCAAACAUCGCCAUACAUGCCACCAGAAAUCACAGGGGCACAGUCUCCAUGCACAGCGGCUGUCGAUAUCUUCUCCUUUGGCGUUCUUUCCCUCUUUACCCUCACCCAGGACCCUCCAAACAACAUCCUCCCGCAAACAUACACAAAUGAAUCGAAACAGCUCAUAUGUCGCAGCGAAAUUGAGCGUUGCUCCCAGAGCAUGGAGAAAAUCUUCCGUGAGCUUGGGAAGGAGCAUCCUCUGGGGAAACUGAUCACCAGUUGCCUCAAUCAACAACUAGCCUCGCGACCAACUGCUGCCAAUCUGGUGGAAACUCAUUCUCUCUUGUGGCAGGCAGCAGUGUUGAUCCCAGAUCCAUUCCAAGAGAAAACCAAGGUGGACCUGGUACACCACACCCACAACCUUGCAUGUGCACACGUGAGAAUGAGGAGAGAAUUGGAGAGUCACGAUUGUGAACAGAGGGACCAAAUUAGGGGUUUAUUACAGGGAAUGGCCCGACAGAGAGAGAUGCUGCCUACUGAGGAUGGCGAGGAAGAAGAUAAGGAGAUGGUGAGCGAACAAGAGAUUGCCUACAUAGCAAACUUUGUGGAGGGGAUCCAAGCUGACAAGCUCGGUCGAGAGCUCGGCGUGUGUGAAUCUACACUUGAAAUCAUCAACUGCGAAUCUGCCAACAGAUGCGACGAGAACAGAAAAAGGGCAAACGUUCUGAGGCAGUGGCUCAGGAACACCAGUUCACCCACAUGGGAAGCUCUGGUUAAGGCACUGGGUUCAAUUGGCCAGAAAAGAGUUGCAGACAUACUCAGGAAUGAUAAAGGUUUGAGUGCUAAUUACUCAAAUGUGCACUUGCAAGGCCUAGCAUGAAACCAGGUUUUUACUAGAGCUUCUAGAUUGCAUUCCUCCCUUGCCCACUAACAGCCAGUAUUCUUAGUCUGUCAGAGGACUAUGUACACAGUGAAAGACAUCUUAUCAGUUCCCAGCAAAAACAUGUGUUCAACUGGCCCUUUAGGUCUGCAGUACUGCACUACCAUAACUGAGCGGGGGAGUGAACAGAGUCAAGCGGAACUGAGGAAGGUGGAGGCAAAGUCUGCAGAUGACGGUAAGGCGGCAGCAGAGCUGAAAUCCCAGCUGGAGAAGGCUAGAAAGAGUCUGGAAAUAGCCCGGUCUAGUCUCUCCGAGGCCAACAGAGAGCUGGAGGAGGCCAACAAGAAAUGCAACGAGCUUCAAGAGACAGUGUCCAACAUUGAGAAAGAGAUGAGGGGUCUCAGACACGAACUCAAAGGCGAAGAGCUAUUCAGAAAGGAGUUGGCUGAUGAGAACCUCCAACUAAAGCUCGAAGUGGAACGCUUGAAAAGAAAGUAGAUAGAAACGGUUUGAUUCAUACUUCUUUAUUAUUAUACAUAGCAAAUGUGUUUGUUAUUAGUUCUUAUAAAUUCCACAACUCUUGUUGUAUGAGAUGUACUAAACAAUUUGUUCAAGUCCAAUAUUCUAAUGCAUGCAGUUGUGUAUCGUUACAUAAUCAGUUCAAUACAUACCUGCAGAAACAAACAGAGCAUGUUAGCAGUAUGUGACUGUAAUACUGAGAAGCUUACUUUGUGACUGUAGCAGUCCU